GUCCACUCUGGUACUAAGAGACAGCCACGAUGGGGAACUGCCAAGUUUGCUGCAAAAACUUCUGGUGCCAUCCCAAGAACACUGAUGUCCGGAUCAGUCUGCCCGCCGUCUGCUUCGUGUGGCAAAUUGCCAUGAUCAUCCUGUUCGGAGUCUUUGUGCGCUACAAUGAAGAGUCGGAUGCUCACUGGUCAGACUACAAGAAGGAGCAUAACAUUACAAGUGACAGCGAGAAUGACUUCUACUACAGAUAUCCGAGCUUCCAGGAUGUUCAUGUAAUGAUCUUCGUGGGUUUUGGUUUCCUCAUGACAUUCCUGAAGCGCUACACCUUCGGUGGAGUGGGCUUCAACUUCCUGAUCGCUGCCUUUGGGAUUCAGUGGGCACUGCUGAUGCAAGGCUGGUUCCACUCACUGGACCCAACUGAUGGAACCAUCAAAAUUGGAGUGGAGAAUAUCAUCAAUGCUGACUUCUGCGUGGCUAGUUGCUUAAUCGCCUUUGGAGCUUGUCUUGGGAAAACCAGUCCUGUACAGUUGAUGGUGAUGACCCUAUUUGGAGUCACCUUGUUUGCAGUGGAAGAGUACAUCAUCCUCGAGCUCCUCCAUGCCAAAGAUGCUGGUGGCUCUAUGACCAUCCACACUUUUGGAGGAUAUUUUGGUCUGACAAUAUCAUGGAUUCUCUAUCGACCAAAUCUGCACCAGAGCAAACGUCUGCAUGGCUCCGUCUACCACUCUGAUGUCUUUGCCAUGAUCGGAACUCUCUUCCUUUGGAUGUUCUGGCCCAGUUUCAACUCCGCCAUUGCAAAUCAUGGAGAUGGGCAACACCGAGCAGCCAUCAACACCUACCUGGCCUUGGCCGCCAGUGUCCUGACAAGCUAUGCUAUCUCGAGCCUCUCUGCCAAGAAGGGCAAGCUGGACAUGGUUCAUAUCCAGAAUGCCACCCUGGCUGGAGGCGUUGCCUUGGGAACAGCGUCUGAGUUCAUGAUCACACCCUACGGCUCUCUGAUCGUUGGCUUCUGCUGUGGGAUCCUGUCUACCUUUGGCUACCUUGUGUUGUCUCCUUUUAUGGAGAAGCGUCUGAAGAUCCAGGACACUUGCGGAAUCCACAAUCUGCAUGCUAUGCCAGGCUUGCUUGGAGGCGUUGUAGGUGCCAUCACGGCUGCCGCUGCAAGCGAGUCUAUCUACGGAAGUGAAGGGUUGAAGCAGGUGUUUGAAUUGGUGGGUACAAAAAGGACACCAGGUACACAGGGAGGCUAUCAGGCUGCAGGGAUUGCUGUGGCUCUCGUCUUUGGAAUUGUUGGUGGAGCAAUAGUGGGUGUAAUUUUGAGGCUGCCACUCUGGGGAGACCCAGCAGAUGACAACUGCUUUGAUGAUGAAGUGUACUGGGAGUUGCCUGAAGAUGAAGAAAGCAUCCCUCCAAUUUUGGAAUAUAAAAGCCACAUGGACACCAAGGACCCUGAUGCAUGUGUGUCUGAAUCCAACUUCUCUGUAAAUCAGAGCUAAUAGGCUGCUAUUAUCACAUGAUUUCCACAAUUACACAACUAUGAACCAGAUGACACCUGCUGUGAGAAACCCACAUGGAGCUCUAGGAUGUUGUCCAGGCAGCUGGUCACAGCCAGUGCAUGCUAGGGGAGCACUUUGUAGCACUUUGUUUGAUUACAUUAUGUUUAUAUAAUUUAAUACCCAAACUGUCAGAAACAGUACUUUCAUUGACCUAUGGCUAAAAUAUUUGUAAAUAUGUAACAAACAUUUAUAAUGGUAGAUUUUAAGAGAUGUCAAUAUAGCAAAAUGACCUUGAAAAUUAUUUGAAAUAGUGUUACUGUUACAACUGAUUUUAGAACAAUUUUCAAAGAUUUAUUUCAGGA